UACAUCAAUGAAGGCCUGUAUCAUUACACUUCCCAGUGGGAAGCGUACAUGUCCUGAUGUCUCCUCGAAAAGGCUGUCUUUACUGAUCUUAUCAUUUCUUCUCCUCAGCACCCUUUUUUCUGUUUGUACAACUAUUCAUUUUCUCCAUGGAGGCUGGAUAUGGAGUUGGUUUACAGGAGGAGUUCAUUGCCUUCGAGCAGGGCAUUUGGGUUGGUGAACCAUGUGAUAUGUUUUCUGGAGAUUGGGUUCCUCAAGUCGAGGCUCCUUACUACACGAAUGAAACUAAAUGUCAGAUCGAUGAUCGACAAAACUGCAUCAAGUUCGGACGACCAGAUACCGAAUUCAUGAAAUGGAGGUGGAAGCCAAGUCAAUGCGAGCUACCCCCGUUUAAUGCAACUCUCUUUUUGGAGCUUGUAAGAGGAAAGUCGCUGGCCUUUAUCGGUGAUUCACUAGCAAGAAAUCAAAUGCAGUCAUUGGUUUGCCUCUUAGCAAGUGCAGCUGAUCCUGUGGAUAACUCAUAUACAGCAGACCCAAGAUUUAGGCAGUGGUUUUAUGCAGAAUAUAAUUUCACGCUAGCCAUUUUCUGGUCCGUUCACUUGGUGAAAUCCGAAGAUGCCGACACCAAUAUCUACCCCGUCACGAGUCAAACCCUCUACUUGGACGAGGUUGAUGAGAUCUGGGCCAAUCACAUUGAAAAGUUCAAUUAUGUGAUCAUAUCAGCUGGACAGUGGUUCCUCCGGCCACUCGUGUACUACAGAAAGGGUAAGCUUAUAGGUUGUACGCCUGCAACAAAAGGAAAAUCACCGGCCUUAGGAACUACAUUUCUGAGGACAAUAUCUCCGCAACACUAUGAGAACGGAGGAUGGAAUACAGGUGGGACCUGCGUGAGAACAAGGCCGAUUGCAAAGGACGAAAUCAGGUUUGAGGAAUACUUCUUGAAACUUUACUCGACUCAAGUUGCGGAGCUGAUAGCCGCAGACGGGAAAGGGAAGAAGAGGGGCUUGAAGUUUCGGAUCCUAGACCCAACUGAUAUGAUGGCAGAGAGGGCAGAUGGUCACCCAAACCACUACAUGGCCCUGGUGCCAACUUCACAAAUGCUGAUUGCGUCCAUUGGUGCCUACCAGGGCCCAUUGACACCUGGAAUGAGAUCUUGCUUCAAGUGUUGCAGUCGGAAUAUAAUGCUACUAGCCUGA